UGUUUGUAUUGUUUGGCACUCUCGCAUUUUCCCCUCUCUCUCAACCCUCACUCACGCAGCUCUCGUAUAAAAAGCUUUCAUUAGAAAUUGAAUCUCAUUGCCAUGGACAUUCUCUCACGCGUACCCUUUGAAAUUGCAUAUCAGAUUCUCAGCAAACUCGACAUUCAGGACGUCGCCACAUGCCAACGAGUUUCUCGGGAAUGGUAUUGGAUUGCUACAGAUCAAUCUAUCUGGAGAAAUGUGUUUUUGGAGCAUGAACGUGAAUUUGCCAUCCCCACGAAGCCAGUUUCCACAUCUUCAUUUUCAAUACCAACAUUGGAUACAAUAAACUAUACCGAGUCAUCGGUAUCAUCAUUAACAACAACAGUAGAAGUAUCAGAGUCAAAAUAUCAGGGACAGAAUCAUAAAUCAAUGCCAGCGAUGAAGGACUGGAAACAAGAGUGUCGUAACCGAAUUAUAUCAGAUCGGAAUUGGAAUAACGGCCAUAUUCAAUCUCUUUUCACGCUCAAAGUUCAUCGAGGGGGUAUUGUUCGUCUACGCAUUAAAGGCGGGAAGCUCUUGUCAGGCGACAUGUUUGGACAGGUUGCCGUCUGGAAUACAACUACAUACGAUUGUGAAGAUCUCAUAGACGCUGCAGUAGGCCCUAUUCAACUCUUGGACUUUAGUCCAGCACGCAUGAUCAUGACGGUUGUUUCCAAGUCUGGUAUAUGUCGGAUCUGGGAUCUGAAAACGAAGGCGUUGAUCCACAGCUCAUCUGCAAUCGACGUGACGUGUAUGACUAUGAAUGACGAGUAUUUGGUUCUGGGGAACAGAUUUUCUGAGGUCCAAAUUGUCGACUUCACAACAGGGCAUAUUUUGAAAACUAUAGAGCCACUUGCAGGAGAAACUCUUCAAGACAUUUACAUUCAAAAUGACACCCUAAUCGUGGUGACAGGGCAUCUCAUUCGUAUACUCUCCAUUAAUACUCUCGAGGUGCUACUAUCAAGCCCGCUUCCGAUCUCAAAAAAUAUUCGCACUUUCUGUAGCGUAUUUCAUAUCCGGUCGCUCAUCAUCCUGGCGGACAAACAUCUUUUGCAUUUGGAAUGGGAGCCAUUAUAUAGGUCACCCAACAGCAAGUUUCAAAUCGAUACCCAAUGCGAACUACCACCAGAUCUAUCUAAAACACCUAAAAUUCAUAAAACACGCAUACCACCAAUCUCAACUAUUACCUCGAUUGCCAUUGGCGGUAAACACCCUCAUGUCCUAACUACUAAUGCUGACCGAACAUCCUUAAAUGGUACUAUCCGUGUGUGCCCGACGUCAUGGCGAUCUAGGGCUAUACAGCAGCAACAAGAACAACAGCGACAAAUUGAUCUCGAGGCAAGCAAUCAUGUGGAUGUAACAUCAGUUGACCCACCAGAGAUUAUUGGUGAAGGCUCAGAAGUGAUGACGACAGAAGAUUCUGGAAUAGUAUUAACAAGUCAAAUAGAUGAAAUCACUCAGUAUCUUGAAACCUGUGGACUCAAGCCAUCCUUUAUGGAUGUGGACGAGGAUGUGAUUGUAAUAGGCACGAGUAAAGGUGACAUAGUCGUUCUGAGUAUGGCGCCAGCAGAGUAAUCCGAUAAACAUAUCAAUACAGCAGCUCUUGAAUACUCU